GUAUCUGAUGAAUCUGGUGGUACCGACACUGUUUAUAAGGGAGGCGUAGACAGCAGCUUCAGCCGCUCUUUGGAAUUUACCCCAUUCUUCGUUGGAAUAAUUGGGACUUAUUUCCUCGUGCUGGACCUGAAUUGUCAAGAGCGUGUUCUUCAGUCUAAGAUUGUGUCCUACUGUAAGAGUGAUCACAUGGAAAAUAUUUAUGGCUACUUAAUGAAAUACACCAAUCUCGUCACUGGUUGGCAAUAUCGAUUUUUUGUUUUAAACAAUGAUGCUGGCCUGCUGGAAUACUUUGUGAAUGAGCAGUCGAGACACCUAAAGCCCAGGGGUACGCUGCAGCUAGCUGGAGCUGUCAUUUCACCCAGUGAUGAAGACUCUCACACCUUUACAGUCAACGCUGCCAGCGGGGAGCAGUAUAAACUAAGAGCCACUGAUGCUAAGGAACGGCAGCACUGGGUUAGCAGGCUACAGAUAUGUACGCAGCAUCACACGGAAGCUAUCGGAAAGAACAACCCUCCUCUGAAAUCUCGCAGCUUCUCCCUUGCAUCCCAAGGAAGUGCCAACUCUCCUGGUGUGCAAAGAAGACCCAGUCAAAAUGCAGUUUCAUUUUUCAAUGUUGGACAUCACAGAUUGCCAACUGGAAAAAGAGUUCCCAUUAUGCAGCCAGAUCACCUUGUAGAUGUUAGAGAGAUGAUGUCUCAGGCUGAGGGCCAGCAGAGAGACCUGAUCAGGAGCAUAGAAUGCCUCCCUGUCUCCGGUCACCUUACGUCCUUGGAUCAAGACCUGUUAAUGCUCAAAGCAACUUCCAUGGCAACCAUGAACUGCUUAAAUGACUGUUUCCAUAUUCUCCAGUUACAACAUGCUUCUCAACAAAAGGGAUCCUUACCAGCAG